AUGGAGGAAGAAACCAAUAAUGCACCCCUACAACGACGAAAGUUGCUUUUGUUGUCAGAACCGUUAGGUUACUUCAAAAAUAAAAAACGUUCAGCUGCAGCUUGGAGGGUCCAUGGUCCACUUUCUGGAUCUCACCGUCACCGCCACAUCUUCUCAAUGCUUCUUCAAUCUCUCCCCUUCCCCGUAACUCACCCGCGCGGGAAGAUACCACUCCCUCCCCAACCUUACCGUCUCGAUCUUGAUUCUCCCUGA